ACAACAGCCGCCUCUGACACAGACAGCAGAUAAGGCCGAUGCAGUUUAAGUAAACCUUGUAAACUCUUUUGCCUUCCCGGGACUCACCAUGGCGCGACAAGCUGGAGCACUGGUGACUUCCAAGUGGCUUGCUGAUGCCUACAAGACGCAAAGGAAAAUGCGGGUCUUGGACACUUCUUGGUACUUGCCCAAACUGAAGCGAAACCCCAAAACUGAGUUCAAGAGGAGACACAUACCGGGGGCAGCUUUUUUUGACAUAGACCAGUGCUGCGACAAAAGUUCUCCUCUGGAUCACAUGCUGCCCUCAGAGGAACUUUUUGGAGACUAUGUCGGGAGGUUGGGUGUAGACAACAACACGCAUGUCGUGCUGUAUGACUGCAGCGAGUUCGGUGCGUUCUCGGCCCCUCGUGUGUGGUGGAUGUUUCGGGUGUUUGGCCACGACCCCGUGUCUCUGCUGGACGGAGGUUUUAAAAACUGGGAACUGGAGGGUCGACCUGUCACAGAGCAGUAUAUCAAGCCUUCUUCUGCAGAGUUUUGCGCCUCUCUCAACCGCGCAUGGGUGAAGACCUAUGAAGACAUCCUGGACAACUUGCACACCAAGAAGUUCCAGUUGGUGGAUGCCAGACCUGCAGGCAGGUUCAGAGGUCUGGACCCUGAACCAAAACGCAACACAGAGCCAGGCCACAUCCCAGGCUCCAUUAGCCUUCCAUUCCACUUGUUCCUGGCGCCUUCGGGUCACUUCCUUCCCAAGCAGCAACUCGACGAUCUCUUCGCUGGUGCUGGCGUUGAUCUCACUCGCCCCAUUUGUGUUUUGUGCAGUUCUGCUGUGACUACGGGGCACGUGGCACUUGCAGCUCAUGAGAUUGGACAUCCAGGUGUGUGGGUGUACGACGGGGGUUGGUCAGAGUGGUACACUCGCGCAGUUCCUGAAAAUGUCAUAUCUGAAGGCAGGGGGAAGCACUUGUUAUUGUUUUAGGACAGAAGACUUAAAUUCAAACUGGACCAGGAUAGAACAGGAUCAUGGGAGUCCAUUUGAGGCUCUCUGAGGUGUAACCCUUGUGCCAUCCUAGACACUUUAACAUUGGGAGUUGGGUCAUCUAGACCCACUAGACAGUCCGCUGAACCUUUUUUCUUCAAUGAUUUGUGAACCUCACUGGUGUCCAUGGAUUACAUGAAAUCUUUCCACCUUUGUCAUGGUAGGGAGAACACGUCAAUGCAAGGGUGGGGUCAUCUAAGAUAGCACAAGGGUUUUUAAUGCUAUGAAAUGGUGGGUUAAGCUUCAAGACCUACUCUGAUGAAAAUAGUGUUUUUGGUCUUAAGAUGUUCUUUGGGCAUUUAUCUGAUGAUGGAAGACAUAUAUUAAAAUGUCCUUAGGGAUUAUUAAAUACUUAUUCUAUUCUAUUCUAUUCUAUUCUAUACUAUUCUAUUCUAUUCUA